UGUCUGCUAUGGUGUCUGCAGACACUGCGCCGAGAUUAGAAGAAAACACCAUUUCUGAGGGGUAUCCUCUCGGCUGAAGUGGUCUUUACUGGUGUUCGACAUUUCCCAGGUGUUUCAUAUAGCAGUCCGAUGUAAAAAAACAAAUGACGCUGUAAUACCGCCUUUAUGCAUGAAGGUAAGCUUCUCGUAGCGUAUUCGCCUCUGCCCUCAGCAGCACGUAAGAGCUCUACCACUGAGGAAACUGCAUUGAGCCAGCCUUCUUUAGCACCGGAAUGUUUUCUUGCUUUGUCAGCUGUGUCCUUGCAGCCUAUAAUGCAAUAUAGCUACCUCCGUAUUGAUCAAAACCACGGACUUUAAACUAGAACAGCAAUUGAUCAGACCGCCAGGGUUCGUUAUCACUCAUUUCCCCUGGCCCAGCUACACCCAGGACCAGCCUAUUGCGGACCUUGAACAAGGGCGCUUCACGUUCACUUUUAUUUUUUUGCUAACCGGUAAAGAUGACUUUAAAAUCCAAUAAAAACGAACCUGCUGUCAUACUUGAGCGGGUCAACAGCGCUCGAACAGCCCUCUCCGACCUGUACCUGGAGCAGCUCCUCCAAAAUAAACCAAAGCCGGAAAAGGGGCUUAUGCCAGCCUAUGAGACAACGGGAGCUGAAGUAUACACCAACGCCAGUGCUGGUCACAUGAACGGAACUGAGCCAACCAGGAUGCGUGAGGUGGCGUUUGAAAAAAAUCCCUCAGAGCCCAUGGGGGUGACUCUAAAAUUGAAUGGAAAACAGAAGUGCACUGUGGCCAGAAUAUUACAUGGGGGCAUGAUACACAGACAAGGUUAUCUAAACGAAGGGGAUGAAAUAGCAGAGAUCAAUGGAAAGAGUGUGGCCAACCAAUCUGUCGACCAACUGCAAAAGAUCCUGAAAGAUACCAACGGAGUAGUCACAAUGAAAAUCAUCCCCAACCAACCAAGGUGCUCUCCUGUGUGUGAGAUGUACAUGAGGGCUCAGGUUGACUACGACCCUGCCAAAGAUGACCUCAUCCCAUGCAAAGAGGCAGGGCUGAAGUUCAAAACGGGUGACAUCAUUCAUAUCAUUAACAAGCAGGACCCACAUUGGUGGCAAGGCAGGGUGGACAGCUCUACCUCUGAUUUCGCUGGACUCGUCCCCUCCCCAGAACUUCAAGAAUGGCGGAUGGCAAGUAAAAGCAAGGCCACAGAGGGCACCCAAUCCUGCAGCCCCUUUGGAAAGAAGAAAAAGUGCAAAGACAAGUAUCUGGCCAAGCACAGCUCUAUCUUUGACCAAUUGGACGUGAUUUCCUAUGAAGAGGUUGUUCGGCUCCCUGCCUUCAGCAGAAAAACCUUGGUGCUUAUUGGUGCACCGGGUGUAGGAAGGAGCCAUAUCAAAAACCUGUUGCUGACCAAAUACCCAGGGAAGUUUGCCUACCCAGCACCACACACCACCAGACCCCCACGUAAGGACGAGGAGAACGGGCAGGAGUACUACUUCAUCUCCAACGACACCAUGACCAAGUGCAUCACUGAGAAUGAGCUGUUGGAGUAUGGCAGCUUCCAGGGGUACAUGUUUGGAACCAAAAUAGAGACUAUCCAGAAGAUCCAUGAGCAAGGAAAAAUCGCUGUGCUGGAUGUUGAACCACAGACAUUGAAACUCUUGCGGACGGCAGACUUUGCACCUUUGGUGGUUUUCAUUGCACCCACCAACUCAGCUACUCAGUCAGAAGCGGUGCAGUUGAUCCAGAAGGAGUCAGAUGCCAUCCUCUCCAGCUACAGCCACUUCUUUGAUGUGCAGCUGGUUAACAAUGAUGUUGAUGAGAGUGUGAAAGGAGUGGAGGAAGGGAUGGAGCAAGCCACCGCCACCCCACAAUGGGUGCCUGUUUCAUGGGUCUACUGACCUGUGUACCCCUGAACAACCAUUAUAUAUUUAACCAAACCUGGGCCAAUAUCCACAAAGUGUCUCUGCGUGCUGAUCUAGGAUAAGCUGCCUUUUAGAUCAGAAUGGGAAAAGAUUAUGGCCAGACUAGUAACCGAAAGGUUGCAAGAUCAAAUCCCCAAGCUGACAAGGUAAAAAAAAAAAUCUCGUUCUGCCCCUGAACAAGGCAGUUAACCCACUAUUCCUAAACCGCCAUUGAAAAUAAGAAUUUCUUAACUGACUUGCCUAGUUAAAGAUAAAAUAAAAGAUCAGCACUCCUACUCUGAGGGGCUUUGUGAAUACAGACCCUGGUCACUCAUACACCAUUCUUUGCAUAGCAGCUAAUCACUAUGUAAUUGUAACUAAGUUUCACAGAAGCAAAAUAAAAGAGCAAUAGAUAUUUUAUUUCAGAGAAAGUACAAUGAACCCAACCAAGGGGAUCAUUUAGAUGUUUGUAAAACCUUAGUGAAUCAGGCCUUUUAGGUGCCAAGUGAUUGGUACCAUACAACUGCAGAUAGGAUUGUUAGUCUAUUAACAAUUAAAGUGGACCACUACUGUGAAGGCAAUGCCACUACCUGACAAGUGUAUCAGUAUCCUUAACUCUGGUUUAAUAGUCAUGAGAUUUUGCGUAGCUGUAUUAAUAUACAUGGUAAUGUAUUAAAAUACAGGGAGACAUGUUCUACAUGAAA